AUGGCGGCAUCGGGCAAAGGUUUCUACUUUCCUCAAGACCAUCGCUUUGAGCCUGUGUAUGCCUACGAUGACUACCCUGGCGAAUUCCAGCACCGAAGUGCACGAAUGAAAGUCCCAAGCAUCAACGUCAUCCCCGACCUGCGUUUCGAGUACAGUUAUGUGCGCAGCAUUCAGCGCUAUGUCAAGCUCACGAGGACGAUAACACCAGUACCACCGUCGAAAGAAGGGGGUGAGGAUGAUGAAGCCAGUUACGAGAAAGUCGAACUGGUCGAAUCUGAGCAGGAAUUGUCGCCAGCGGCUUCCACAGCGCUAGUUCCAGUAGAAACAAUCGAGGUGGAAUGGAAAAAGGUGUUGUGGACGACCGCAAGGGAUCAGCUUAUUAGUCCUUUCCUCCAAGGAGCUCUUUGGGCCAUUGCCAGUUUCUACCUCUCCCCAUUUUCUUCCGAAGCUGGAGCCAAAUUGGGCACGUUUGUGCGAUCGAAACUGCCAUCGAAGGAAGGCAAAGGUGUCUCGUUCUUGAGGAAAUACGCCGGGGCGUUUGGUGUUUCGAGUAGAAAGGAGGCAUUGUCGUAG